AUGGAUAAAAGUACGGACAGAAGUAACACUGCUCAAUUAUUGAUCUGUAUUAGAGGCGUUAAUGACGAACUUAAUAUUACUGAAGAGCUAGCUUGUUUGCAAUCACUAAAAGGAAAAAUGACGGGGCAAAUAAUUUAUAACGAAUUUUCCAAAACUCUUCAAAAUUUAAAUGCUGAUGAAAUACAAGAUUUCUUAAAGAAUAAAACAGACAAAUGCUCUGAUUUCCAAAACUUCGAAAACAAAGAAUGGCGUAUCGAUUUUGCAUUUUUUACCAAUUUGUUCGAACACUACCACAGGUUAAAUAAAAAAUUGCAAGGACAGAACCAAUUUAUAAAUGAGGCUUGGGGUUGUCUAAAAUCAUUUAAAACUCAGCUUUUUCUGUUUUAUAACUGCAUGACUAAGAACGAUUUAAUUCACUUUCCGCGUUUAAAAUCCACGGCACCAGUGAGUGAGAACAAACUGAAAGAAUUCAGUCAGGCGUUGAAAAAUCUUCACACAGAAUUUGAAACUAGGUUUCAAGAUUUUAAUAACAUUCAGUCAUCGCAAGACGUUUUCUCGAUAUCAUUUAAUGUAAAUCCGAAAAAUAUCUCUGCAGAAUUGCAGUUGCAAAUUAUUGAAACGCAGUGCAGCGCUCAUUUAAAAUAA